UAUAAAUCAGAACCCAUUGUGGCAAGAUUAGACAGCUGGGAGCUUUUCGAGAUGGACACAGUUCUGAAGAUGGUCGCCUUGGCAUGUGUUGUCGCUUGGGCGAGCGCUGAUACAGUUGGCAAGACAUGCACUGACCAAUCUGACUGUGCCGCUGGACAGUGUUGCCAGAUCCUCAGCGAAUUCAUGGUGGUCAGUCGGCGACAGCUGGCCAAGGCGCCCAAGACAGGAACAUGCCAGUGGUAUAAGAAGGAAGGUGUGUCAUGUAACGUUUUCGACCAGAUGAACGGCUACUGCAGCUGUGCGCCCGGCCUGGAGUGUUCCUCCUACAAGGACCCCAACUACCAUGCAGCAAUAACGGUACCUCCUCUAAUUGGGGUUCUGACUCCCAGGAAGAUGAUGCCAGGAUACAUAAGCACAUGUGAGAAGAAAACUACCAUUAGUCCAUAGAAGAGCAAGAGAAUAAAAAUGGAUACUGCAAAAAUCUACAUAAUAAUUGGUGAAU